AUGGCUGAAAGGGAGCAAGAAGGAGGAUCAGUCCCAUUUGCAAAGCCCCCAUCGGGACCACGUCCUGCAUUCACUCGUAGUCGUCAUUCCUCGCAAACAACUGACUCGAAGUCUUCAAAUCAAUUACUUGGUGAACAGAAACAGCAUGGGAGUGGAGGCGUAGAUCAGAAUGCUACAACAUCAGAGACAUUUACAACCACGGCACAACCAAACGAACGACGACGAUCUCGCAAUACUACUCAAAAUCAUGACCAUUCUAAUGGUGGGAGUAGGAAUCAAUCAUCGAUGAACGUGGACAUACCGUCCCUUUCCAUGCCCUCGCUCGAGAGAAUACGGUCUAGGCCAGAUGCCAAUGAUACAGAAUCAGCAUAUACGUCUGAUCGGCCACCAUAUAUACCCUCAUCGUCAAACAAUAAUCUUGGCCAACCAAACCCACAACAAAUGAGCAAAAAUUCGUCGAGAGCCUCAUCUACAUUAUCUGCAUCACGUAUUGUCAUCGCUGGACGGAAACGCACGUUAUCUAGAGGUGUCGUUUCUGCAGGUGGACCAAGUCAAACGAGUGUAGACGAUGAUGAGCGGCCAGUGAGAUCUAGGUCCGCAAACCAGUCGUCAUCGCAACCUACUUAUGGUAUAGAGAGUCGCAGUACUAGUGCACUGUCACAGGGAUCCUCAUUGACAAGCACGAGUCGGUUACCUAGUACUGCCGAUAGACCCGUGCUUCAUAUUUAUCCAAGAAAGCAAAUGGUGGGUAGAUCGCAGGCUUCUCUAGCAACUACCAAACCUCCACCUGCCAAUAAUUCGAACGCAGUAUCAAUAUCCCAUAUUAGUAAAUCAGUGUCUGGAUCAGGAUGGACACAACAAUCAUCUUCAGGCAAUGUCGAAAACCACAACAGCUCAUCACACGGUGGAAGUGGAUCAAACAAGAUUCAUAAAUCAAGAUCCACUAUAGUAGGUUCCAAGUCAACUUUUUCCGUCGGCAGAUCAAGAUCCAUGGCCAGAGUGAAUGGAAUGACAUCGUCUCGUAGCAUGGCAUUAAAUAAUAGAGAUCCAACGACUAUGGGUGGUAUCAUGACACCCUUCAAAAAUAGAGCCCCGAGCUCAUCUUCCGUAAGGCCACAAGACGAAUCUGUACAUAGUAUAACGUCAGGAUCAGCUCCAGCUCAAACUACACCAAUAGUACCAACAUCACAACAUGACAGCAAGAAAGAGUUGAGUUGGGUAGCUCCAGAUCGACAAACUGAAGAACCAGAAUCAUCUGAAGCUACCUCAGAAGACGAUGACGACGACAAAUACGUAUCUGAAGGGUAUGCGAACGCACGACGACCUUCCAUAAUAGGAGCUAGAACACGCCGUCUUUCAGCAGCCUCUUCAAACUCUCGAACCCACUUCUCUGGACAACGACGUGUCUCAACUGGAUCUGCUCCAAGACGUGUAUCCACUGACUCGAAUCAAAGACGUCUCUCAUCAGAUUCUGGGAGAGGAGUCCCCUUCCAACGUGAUGAAAACACGUCACCAGUCACACCUUCAACGGCCGUUAACGAAAUCCAGCCAGACUCGUUGGCACCUCCCGGAGCAGUAGAAAGACAAAUAUCAAAUGUGUCUCAACUAGGCCCGAUAGAUGACUCGUAUCGAGAUAAUCCUGAGUAUUAUGAAUAUCUGAUGCUUUGUCAACGACAUGCUAGCUCGAAUUUUAUUACAAAGAUUGGAUCUAGUGAGGUUGUUUACGAGGAGGAAGGGAUUGUACCCAAGAUGGUGGGGCCUUAUUUGCUUGGUGAUCAGAUUGGGAAAGGCUCAUUUGGUAAAGUCAAGGAAGGUCUAUGCUCAGAAACACUUCAAAGAGUGGCUGUCAAGAUCAUUAACAAGAAACGUUUGCGGAAGGUUCAGAAUGGUGUUGAGAACGUUAUUAGGCAAGUCAUUGUCAUGCAUCUCCAUACUGAUGAGCUCGCUGAUUCAAAUAGAGAGAUCAAACUGCUGCGACGUCUCAAGCACAAGAACUGCAUCACGCUCAUCGACGUAUAUUGCAAAGUAGAAGAUGACGAAGGUUUCAACAGUUUCUUUCCCUGGUAUCAAGAAAUUGAAGAAGAACCGAUAAUAUGGAAGUACGAUGAUGGCACUGAAGUAGAGAAGAGUGCUGAAGUGCUGAAAUGGUAUAUGGUGUUUGAGUACUGUCCAUGUAGCUUGCAAAUGUUGAUUGAGCAUGAUGGGAAGCUGACUGCUGAGAGAGCCAGAGGAUUCUUUGUUCAACUUAUGGAAGGUUUAGCAUACCUUCAUUCUCAAAGCAUUGUUCAUCGUGAUAUCAAACCCGGAAAUCUCUUAAUUACUACUGAUGGAACACUUAAACUAACGGAUUAUGGAAUUAUGGAAGAGUUUUCACCUUAUGAAGCUGGUGAUUUGAUGACGACUACAUUCGCAGGAACACAUCAAUUUUUGAGUUCUGAGAUUGCGGCAGGUGCUACGAUAUUUUCUGGAACGAAAGUGGAUAUAUGGGCUUGCGGAGUUACUUUGUAUAAUAUGGUCACAGCUCGUUAUCCAUUCGAGUUCCCACUGGAUGGAACUCUGAUGGGGCUGUAUCAGAAUAUUAUAGAGGCUGAAUGGCAAACACCACCAGAAGUUGAUGCCGAGUUGAAUGACUUGCUUCGUGGUGUACUGAGAAAAGAUCCAGAUACACGGAUGACAAUACCUGAAGUACUUGAUCACGGCUGGUGUAUUUCAGGAGAAUCCAAGUUCUCUUCUCGUGCACCACCAGCUAUCCUUGCAUACCCUGUAAUCGAUGACAAUCAAACCACCAGCCGCAGCAAUACCGUUGCAGACGAUGAUUUAUCAACAGCUUAUAAUAGCAGUAGCAAUAACCCAUCACCUGCUGGUAAUAGUCGACCAACGCUACGCCCCAUAUCCGAAAUUCGAGAUUCACAAACUGAUGAAAGCCAUCGCCAUUCAUCUGGAACUGCAUCAGGAAACGGAUUUGCGAGUAGCAAUGGUGGAUUAACGUCGCCGAAACUAAACUCUUCAGCAAGUGAUUCACGAUCGGCAAACAAUAGUACUAGUGGUGGAGUACGUAUAUCAUCAGACGCUUUAGACGAUGAAAAAUCACGCACACAUACCCUUCUUGAAAAUGGAGGAACAACAACAAGCCCAUCUGUAUUGUCAUCCGGUGCGCCAUCAUCCAAAGCCGAGUUUGCCAAGACGGGACAUUCACGGGCAUGGACUGGAUCUCGUGGACAGAUUGUAGAGCCUACUGAGACGACUUUGAUACCGUAUUUGGAUAUAUUGUAUGCCGCAGAGAUUGAGGGGGAAUUGGAUUCUAGUGGUACGAUAGGUGAUUUGUUGGGUGUUGAGAAGAGUAAGAAGACUAAAGGUGGUGUCAAGAAUUGGUUUAUGGGUGUGUUUAAGAGGCCGCCGAGACGGAAGAGUUCGCGCACUGGGAUUAAAGGGCGGUGA